GUAUUAUGUACACAAGUGGUGAUGAAGAUUGCACUCCCAUUCCUGAUGAGUAUCAUGAAGAAGAAAAAUGCUCGAUAAAUGCUACUGUUCACGAGGAGCUUAACAAGAAUGACAUCUCGUCAAAGAAAGGGAACAUUAAGUAUAAUGAGUACAACAAGUUCUUAAAAGAACUGAAAGAGUUAGCUAAACCAUCGAUGCCGAUGAGGCCAAAGCCCAAGAAGCUCUUUGUACCAAGACCCAGGAUGAAGAAGUGGAACACUAGAGACUGAAGAGCAACUAAAAUUGACCACUUUAAGUUCAACAAACCUCCUCUUGGAAGCAGGGUUAGCCAAAAUAGCUGUUUUAAGUUUGGAAGUUCUCCUAAACGUAAAAAUCAAAAGCCUAAGAAGCAAGUUCGGAAAAAUUUUUCAACAGAUUCCACAUUCAGGUCCCAAAGCAAUAAUCCCCGAAACCCCAGGAUGCGUAAAUGGCUGACUAAACCAGUCAUAAUAGGGAGGACUCCGUCCAAGUACCGAGUUGUGUAUGAAAACAAUAAGUCUAGGCUACUCUUAGAAGAUAGUGAUGAAGAGUUUCGAAAUAAGCAUUGCCGUGUUGCGUUCAUAAAAUAACUUGAUCUAAAUUAUCACUUAUUAGAGUUACACCCCGAGAAAUGAAUUUCUGAUGAGAAUUAUUUCAUCAGGAAACUAUAAGUUUCCUAAAAGGCGAAAAUAGCAAGAUACGGCUUGCCAUCAAGCCGUAAAACUUUGGCCAGUUCUCCAUGUUUUGGGAAGAAGGAUGUUCUUAUUAAUAACAGUCAUCUUAAAUUUGAAAUUUUUCUG